UCAAUAACUCUCUGGCUUUUACCCUUUCCUCUGAAAUGAAAUGGGAUAUGGAGAUCGAGGAAAUCGAGGCGGUUAUCGAGAAAAUAUGUGACUUACACGAUAAGCUUAGCGAUGCCAUUCACUCCAUUUCGCGAGCCCACUUCAUUAAUUCCAUCAAAGCCCUCAGAAAAUUCGACAAUAAGAAGCUCUUCAACGAUGUCGUCGGAGGCAUUGAUAACAGGACCGGCUUUGUUUUCGUCAAGGACUUUACAGUCGACGAUGGUGACUCUUCAAUUCAAGAGGCGAAGAGUCUUAAUGCUAUCAGAACCGCUCUCGAGAAUCUCGAGGACCAGCUCGAAGUUUUCCAUACAGUACAAAUACAGCAGCAGGUUGAGAGAGAUGCUGCCAUUGCAAGAUUAGAACAAAGCCGGAUAAUUCUUGCAUUGAGAUUGGCUGAGCAUCAUGGAAAGAAGUACAAAGUAAUCGAUGAAGCUCUAUCUUUUGUGGGAGAUGUACAUGAUGCUAGCCGUUAUGUCUCACCCGAAAACCUUUACUGCACACCAAAUAGUCCAUCCGGAGAGAAUCUUGCAUCACACGAAGGGAAGCGGUCUAACACGCUAGUCAAAAUUCUUUUUUCCAACUUCAACUAUGCAAAGAAAUCCCUGAAUUUUGACCAUAUGGGUGGGAUACUAACCAAUGCAGCUCUAUUCACUGUCAGCAUGAUAGCGAUGAUGUAUCUGCAACGGAUUGCUCUUUCAGAACAUUCAGGGAGACAAGAAGAUAACAUCGACAACCGCAGGAAUUCGAGAAAGAAUUCUCGACUUGAAGGGUCAUCAUCCUAUGAUCAUUCGAGUCACUUAAAUGUGUAUUUAGCCCGGGGUUAAGGUGACGACAUU